GCCGUCCCAGAAUUGCGAUGAAGCCGAGUUGUCUCAACCAAAGGCAAGCCCUCUGCGGCCCUUAAUCCUGGAGUCGGCUGGGGUCGCCCGUCGGAGGGAAGACAGUAGGAAGCUGGCUUCCAAGUCGAAGCGACACACUACCAGAGUACGUCGACCACCGCCGAAGAUGCCCGGCUCCUUCCGCUCUCCGACUCCGGAGCCACUCCAACAGCCUCGUCAACCAACGAACCCGGAGUCGCCUAUAAAACGGAGACGACUAUCAAAGCAAGGCUUCUUCCUGCCAAUAGAAGCCCAUGUCGAGAGGUUGGUUCAGCCAAAACAAUCGGGUAACACGGAUAUGCUGCUCGCAGUCGGCCGGAAGCCCCCAGCCAUUCGUUAUCCACGUGCUGCAGAGGCUCUCUCGAUGCUGACACCAACGGAAGUGCUUGCUCAAAUGUCUCACAGCGCUUCUGAAGCGGUGUUGCAAGACGAAAUAUCUAUCGA